AUGGGUCAAUCAAUAUCCUCGUCACCUCCCGCAACUGUAACACGCGCCUCUCCACCGUCAUCGUGCCCAAUGCAUGAUGCGCCCAGCACUGGCUGUCCAAUCCAGCACAACGACCCACCUAUUUCAAAAUCCUCGGGGGGAUGUCCCAUUGAUCACUCUUCACUCAAUAUAUUAAAUCCCACCAAUCAAAUGCCCAACCUCCCUCAGACUCCCAUACACCCACAAACCAUACCAUUACCGACUGAGCGUAUCAUGUCAUCCAUACCACGUGUGGUGGAUGGUGAAACGGGAACUGACACCCGCCAAACGUGGGAGUACCCAUCUCCUCAGCAGUUCUAUAAUGCACUGGUAAGAAAAGGUAUGGAUACGCCCGCUGAGCAUGUUGAGAUGGUGGUGGAAAUACACAAUUUUUUGAAUGAGAGAGCUUGGGGAGAAGUGAUGAAGUGGGAGAAGAGGGUCGCAAAGGAGGGUGACGAUGAACCGCAUCUUGCUCGCUUUAAGGGACGUCCGGGCGAGAUGUCGCCAAAGGCAAGGUUCUGGAUGCUGGCUGGCUGGUUACUUCCUUCUAGAUUCAACACUGAGCCUCCAUUUGAUCGCCAUGAUUGGAUAGUACGUCGUCCGCGCGACGGAACAGAGGUUCGCUAUGUCAUUGAUUACUACUCUGCACCCUCUACCUCCAACGGGGACCCCGGUUUUGCAUUGGAUGUCCGACCUGCUCUUGACUCGUUUGAAAGCGUCCAACAGCGCGUCGCAGUGGGCAUGGACGACGUAUGGGAGGAGCUUCGCGAGAAA